AAUGUCAUUGAUUCUGGGAAGUGGCUAGCGGCUGAUGCUUCUGAAUGGAACACCCAAAUCGAGAAGCAAUAUCAGAAAUGCCCUUCCUCAAUUGAGAUGCUAAAUUCAAGACAAUGCUGCAAGUUGGGAAUAGAAGCGUCAUUACCUGAUGAGCGUGAAGUUUAUGCUGGGGAUUAUUCACACUGUGAAAUUGUAGCAGUUGUUCGUCCUGCUACUUAUAAAUCCAGAAUUGAUUCCAAACAAUUAGAUCAGAAAUAUGUGAUGAAAGCUAAUUUUGAGAUGUCACUUGCAAUUACUUUUUAUCCAUAUAAAAGUUCUCGAGAUGAAAGCAGUAUCUAUUCUGGACGUAUAUCACCUUCAUCACAAAAUGACUUUGAUGGUUUGUAUGUAUUUAAACCAAAAUACAAGACGUAUCCCCUGUUUCAUAAAGCUGGCUUAUAUACAUUGACCUUUUCCAUUAAUAGUUCGAGCUGUGAGAAAUGUGUGGAGAAAGUUAGAGUUGAACCAUCACGUGAUGUUCACAAAUGGGCACUUGCCAAGAAGAUUUCUGAUCUUGAUAUAACGGUUGGCUGUUCUCACAAACCCAUUUCCAUAUCAAUGUUCGAUAAUUUCGAUAAUCAAAUUCCCUUUUCAAAAGUUCCCGAAUUGGUGAUCAAGGUGAAGUACACAGACAGUACUAUAGUUCAAGUUAACAAAUGGAACUCAUUUAUAUCAUUAGAUAAGUUGGCCCUUAUACUUGAGAAUUUGCUUAUUGAGAUCUCUAAUUUGGAUGACAAUCUGCCAACUUAUAAUGCUACAAUGAUGUUAUGCCUGCCCGAUGGCUCAAACUUAUUAGAUAUCCCCAUUAAAGUUCUUCCUGGACCUGUAAAAUAUUUUACAGUGCAACCAGAAAAGUUUGAGAAGCAAUUGAUUCCGGGCCAAGUAAUUAAAGAGUUGAAUCUGGAGCUGUUUGAUGCAUAUGAAAAUCACGUACAAGAAAAUGUAAAGAUGGAGUUAAUUGCCAAUGGAUGUGGUUGGCUGGACAGGUCGUCUUCCAGUAAACAGGUGGAUGCUUUUGGGUGCAUUGAUCUUGGUGGCCUCAUGAGAGUUACUGCAGGAUAUGGAGGAAGUGUGUCACUGUCUAUUCGUUCAAAUGGAGAACUUAUCACCAAGGAGUGGCAGAUUGAGAAAAGGCAGCUUAGAACUACAUCAGUGAUACCUGAAACCUGUUUUGCUGGUUCCCAACUUGAAAACCUCGAGUUUGAAGUUAUAGAUUCCAAGGGUGAUGUUGAUGUUAACUUUCAUGAUGAAGAUAAGAUUGGACAAUCUCAUAUCCUUGUGAUAAAAUCACAAUUCAGGGAUAUUCAUGAAUCUGUCAAAUAUGUGUUUUGUAAAGGCCGCUGCAUAGUUCGUUCAUUUCCCAUUCCUUCUGAAAUAGGGGAGUUUAGUGUUGUGGUUGCUCAUUCACGUUGUUCAGAUCUGCAAUUGACUGUUAAGGUUCUUGUUGAGCAACCUCCAAAAUCUUUUCUGAAUUUCCAGAUGGAUCUUGAGAAUGAGAUUCAUGAAUAUGGUUUGAGUAUUGCCAAUCAUGAAAAGAAUAUAGAAGAGUAUGAUGUUCAGAUAACAGUAAUUGAGUCCAAGCUCUCAGAGUUAGAAGGUAUUCAACGCCGAACUCGUUUUAUUGCCGAAUAUGGCACGCCAGGAAAAGAAGAAAUUAUAUAUUGGGUUGAAUCUAAGGUUGACAGUGCUGCUUCUCUUGUCAUGACACUCUUGAGAGAACUGUCAGAAACAGAUUGCCGUCGCUUGAUGGGAAAUAUUAUUGGUGUUGUUGCACUUUUAGGAACAACUCCCACUUUGAAUCUUAGCAGGAUAUUUGCAGAGUAUCUUGGUGAUCAAAUGCUUGCAAUCGUGUGCAAAUCUUAUGAGGAUUCAAGUUUAUUUGAAACUUAUGAGGAAGAUGGCAAGUUGAAUCCUAAAUUUCCUAAUCAUGCACUUCAUUCGUUUGCAAGAGAACUUUGGCAAACCAUCAAUGGCCGUUAUCUCAUUCUAUGUAUUGAAGAUAUAAGGGCAUGUGAGGUAGAUAAAGAUCUUCAAGGAAAGCUUAUAUUGCCAAAUCCUACCCUUCCUAAUGGAUCAACAACAGCAGGUUUUCUGGGUUAUGCAGUUAAUAUGAUAGAUAUAGACGUUGAUCACAUAGACACCAAGACUGAUUCUGGUUGUGGUCUUCGAGAAACUCUAUUCUAUCGUCUUUUUGGCGAGACACAAGUAUAUAAAUCCCGAGAAGAAAUGAAAAGGGCGAUCUCGUGUAUUAAAGAUGGUGCUGUGUCCUUGGAUGGAGGUAUUUUUAGAGGCAAUGGUGCUCUGUCUCUUGGAUGCUCAAACCAGGAUGUUAUUUUCCCAGUAGCUGCUGUAAGAAAAGAGGCAUCUCAGAAUGACAUGCAGUUAAAGAUGAAAGAACUGAAGUUACGUCACAACGAUACUGUGGACAACUUGAGUGAAGAAAGGAAAUGUCUCAAAAGUGUAAUGAAAGAGCUCAGCAAGAGUCUUGAUUUAUACACCAAGUACUUCGACACUCAUAUAUGAAGUGCAUUGUAUUAGUAAAGUUAUUCAGGCGUAUAGGAAAGUUUGCUAACCAACUUUUGACACCUAAAGUAGGCUGUAUAUGGCCAAUAGUUACUGGUUAUGAAACUUAUUUUGAAAGGUUAUCUUAUUUAGGAUGCUAUAACGUUUACUUUUGGGGUAUUUUAUGGUAAAUACAUUAACAUGAAUGUUAAUAUUAAUUCACUUGUUGAUCUA